AUGUCAAGUAAUCAUUUUACUAAUAAUAUGAAAAAUGGCAAUCACAAUAACAACAAUGGAAAUAAAAAUCAUGACAAUAAUAAUGUUCAAAUCAAUAAUAAUGAUCCUCAUAAUAUGAAUCAAUCGAUGAUUGAACAAGUAGAAAUCAAUAUUGUUCCAGGUACAAGUCUCAUUACCAAUACUACUUGUCAUAAAAAUAGUAGUAAUAUGAAUAUGAAUCAAUCGACAUAUUCAAAACAUUGUCAUGAAUCAUUUAUUACAGAGGAUAUGAAAAGUUUGAAAUCUGAUAUAAAAGGUCUUUUACCAAAUCUAUUAUCACAUCAAACAGAUGAGAUACAAUUAAUGACAAUGAAAUCAAUUUAUUGUAACGAUAUUAAUACUACUAAUAAUAAUGUGACUAAUAUGGAAUUGACACCUGAUAUGGAAAAUUGUCUGACAUAUGAGAAUUUAUGUAAUUCAUCGUCUACAACAAUAUCAAUGCCAACAAUACAUACUACUGUUGCUUUUACAAAUGUGCAUAAUAAUAACAGUAAUAAUAAUAGUAAUAAUAAUGGUGAUAAUUAUCUGAACAAACUAAUGAAUAAUCGAAAUUCUGUGUGUAAUUCUAGUUUACUCAAUCCAUUAAAUGAAAAUAUCUGUCCUAAUUCACCAGACAGUUCAUUCGGUGCAAUUAUUCAAGAUAUUGAUAGUCCAAUGUCAGAUAGCAGCGAUGAUUUAAGCCGUGAAGAUGAAGAUUUCAGUUUACUUGGUAUGAGUGAAUCGAAUACAACUGGUUUAUCUGAAAAUGGUGUAGCGUUAAAUGGAUCCAAUUCUCUACCUAUUAAUAACGCUGCAUUAAAUCAUAAUUUAUAUGGAAAUUUUAAUCCAAGUCACUUAAUCAAUACUGGAGGUAGUGGAAGUCUUACUGGAAGUACAAGCAGUAGUGGGACAAGUGUCACUAGUGGUCUCGGUGAUGAAGUAGUUCAUAGUGUAGUUAUAUCACGUGGUACUAGUGGAUUGAAUAGUGGUAGUUGUGGAAUUGGUGGCAUUGGAUCUAGACCAUCAUCAGGAAAAUCCGGUGGAAGUAAACGAUCAAAAGAUCAAAAAACAACUCGGGUUAGAACUGUACUAAAUGAAAAACAAUUACAUACUUUAAGAACAUGCUAUGCUGCUAAUCCAAGACCAGAUGCUUUAAUGAAAGAACAAUUAGUUGAAAUGACAAGUUUAAGUCCACGUGUUAUACGUGUUUGGUUUCAAAAUAAACGAUGUAAAGAUAAAAAAAGACAAUUAUUAUUAAAACAAAUGGAACAACAUCAACAGAAUGGCGGACGUCCCGGUAGUUUACAUGGUAUUUCAUUGAUUGCACAAAGUCCUGUUCGUAAUGAUGUGAACUUAAUGUGUGCGAAUUCCGGCAUUGAUGUACAUCAUAUCCCAGGACCAUAUUGGAACACACAAAAUGUACAAAACGAUCUAAAUUCAAGAUCAACCAAUGGAUUAUAUCGAUCACAUAGUCCUUCUAAUUUAUUAUUAAAUCAAUCAAACAGUAAAUUGAUUAGACAAUCAACUGAAAAUACCUCAUUAUCAACUUCGUCACCGAAUUCACUAAUAAAUUAUCAUACAAAUUCAUUAAAUGAUCACCCAAUCAAUAAUUAUUCAUCUGGGUGCUUAUUAAAUCCAACAAUGUCGAAUUUAAUCCCACCACCUCCAACCCUACCACAACCAUUAUUACAAACAUCAUCAUUAACAGGAAUUCCAUCUUUAUUGUCAACUUCAUCCACUCCUUCAUGUAUAUCAUCAUCAGGACAAAAUUUCAAUUGUAUUCAAUCAAAUAACUUCAGUAAUUCAUCAUUAAAUUUACCAAUGACGGGAACAACAACAAAUGAUAUCUCAUCAGCAAAUCAUUUAAGAUGUAAUAGUUUAUUGAUUCCUUCAAAUGGUAACAAUGUAGAUACUACUGUUAUUAAUACAACAACUACUACUAAUACUAAUUCUACUAAUCCUACUACUAAUAAUAAUAGUACAAACAUGAAUCAAUCACAUUUUUUAAAUGAACGUUCAGCGCCAUCAUUUCAACAAUUGGUAAGAAUAUUUUAA